AUGGCAGUGGACCCUUUGUUUGAUGAUGCGGGUGAACACCCGAGGGGUGAGGAUAAUCCCCCGACUACUACACUUUCUGAUUCUACUACCCCAGCCCAGGUCACACCAGUUCCUACACCUACUAAGGGUGCGAUGGUUCCUCCACCUGGCAUUCCGAUUCCACCUCAAGCCCCAGCUUACGGCUCUGGUAUUUCUGAUAGGGAUCUUAGGGGAUCUAUUCAGAUGCUGGCUCAGAUAGUGGCUUCUCAGUCUUCAGCCACUGCACCGCCAACGGGGCACAGUCAGCAGCAGAAGGGUCACUUCAGGCCCAAUCAGGGUAGCAAGGGACCCUAUAAUCAGGGCCAAUCAGGAGGGAGAUUCCCACAACAGCGGAGGCCCCUAUGCCCCAGAGGGAGUGCUGGCAGGGGCAUAGCAGAUCCAUCCAGUCCUGCAGCUGGUACAUCUUCAGCAGCCCCUCCUGCUCGAGGCCCUCCUGCACCAGCAGGGCGUGGUAUAUUGACUGUCCAAACUCAUCAUGUAUAUGCUCUGAUUGAUCUGGGUUCCACCUUGUCCUGUGUUACCCCUUAUGUUACUACGGAAUUUGGGAUAGAACAAGAACAUUGCGGCCGCCCGAGUUUAUAG